CACGUAAUAGCUUGUACUCCGUUGUGCGGUACUACUGAAGUUUUAAAAAAACCGCUGUGGAUCGAGAAUAUCUGUGUAUUCUGUCUAGAACAAGUGAAGUAUGACAUACUUUCGGAACCUGAGCAGCGCUAUCACCGGCCUGUACGACCGUACGGUUGGAAGACUGCUUAGAGGCGGCAGUGAACAAUUCCAUGUAGCUGCGUUUAAGACAGAUCCAACAGUCCGUCAACAACCAAGCAGCUCUUAUCUGGUCGGGCAUAGUGAAGACGAGAUAGUAGUCAAACGUCGAACGAUAGAUCAUUUGUUCAAAAUCGACCCUCAAGGCCUGGAAAGAAGGAGGCCCCUUGCUGAUCCGAGUCCGUUACGGUUUCCAGAGACCGAAAGAGGGGCAAAUACAGAACAAGAAAUCUCUGCUUUCAUCCAGUUGUUUCCUCAUAUCGUCAAAGAGCUGGUGUGGCUUCACUAUGUUGAAUAUUGGCAGAGCAUUAAGGAGAAACCAAUAUUCGAGAAACUCUACACGGAGAUCUUGCCCAACAAGGCCUUUAAUUUUCGAAAUCAGGCAUAUAGGCUUGAGGUGGUACAGGCUUUGCAGGAUAUUCCUGCGGGCUGCUUCUUAGUAUCGUCAGUGUUGGAUUUAUUCAAGUCCCUUGUGGCAAAUUUGCGUUUCCGUAUUUGUGGGGCACAAGCCGACGGUCGUGAGUUAGCGUCUUCAGAUUACAAAGCCAUUUUGACUGUCGUAUUCGAUGGAGAUGAAAGGUUCGUAAUAAAAAGCGACGGAUGGUCAGAGAGCCUAGAAAAGAAAUGGGUGUAUGGGCUCCCUCAAAAACUAGUUGCAGAAAUUGAAUAUGGGCCGAAUAAGUAUAAAAUGGAGGUUAGCGAAGCGCAGCGUAUCGAGUACCUAGACGUAUUUCGCAUCAUAUUAAAUGGUAGAGAAGAGAGUUGUGAGGUCGAGGCAGCCAGUGAAGCCCCGCCACAACAAAUUAUCGCCGUUGAUUGUCCAGGUCAGGUUCCUAAACAGUGGUCAGUCGCUGUUGACGUUAAAUGUGAACUGAUCGAGAAACCCGUGACCUGCACGGUAGAAGACAUACCUGAAGCCUCUGCACCACAGAUAGAAGUACCGCAGGUUGCCAAACCAAUACAAGAAUAUUUGACCUCUAAGCCCAGUAGUGAGACAGAUGAGCUUUCGUUGGUGAGUAAGAUCAUAAGUAGGAUCUGGAUUCUUGCGCCAGUAGGACACAUGUAAUGAGAAUGCUGUAUAAUAUCAUGGCAAAUAUUCAAUGAGAUUUAACGAGGAACCUAACUUCGCUUCUACAUUUCUGGAUAAUUGCUAAGGAAAAAAGGACCAUUAAUCUAUCGCUUAAUGUAACUGUAAACUAGCUAUAAUAGCACAGAAAAUGACAGUUGAAAAAUAUAUAUGCAAGGUUGUCUAAAAAAAACGGCGAAUUUGUUC